UCUGCCUUUUCCUUAAUUAAUCUUGAGGUUUUGGAAUAAUGGGGUUUAAGGGCUUGGUUAUUAGAAGCUAUGAUGGUCAAUUCGACAGAGCUCGAGUGGUGGAUCUUGAAAGAAGAUGCGAGGUUGGCCCAUCAAAACGUGUGUUUCUCUUCACAGAUACUUUGGGUGACCCCAUUUGUAGGAUUCGUAACAGUCCUUUGUAUAAGAUGCUGGUUGCGGAGUGGGAGAAGGAGCUGGUCGGCGUGAUUCAAGGGUCUAUAAAGACCGUGGUGGCUGGUGGUCAUAAGGCGGCACCCAGUUUUCCGGCCAAAGUGGGCUACAUUCUUGGCCUGAGAGUGGCGCCGCCGUAUCGCCACCGUGGGAUUGGGUCCAGCCUCGUCCGCCAUUUGGAACACUGGUUCUCCUUCAAUGAUGUUGAUUAUUCUUGCAUGGCCACUCAUAAAGAUAACCACGCCUCCCUCAAUCUCUUCAUUAACAACUUCAGGUAUAUUAAGUUCAGAACAGCAAGGAUUCUGGCAAACCCAGUAACAAAUCGUCCCUACCAAAUCGAUCCAUCAAAAAUCAAGAUCCAACGGCUGAAAAUAGAGGAAGCAGAAGCAAUAUACAAAAAACACAUGGCCACAGCCGAGUUCUUCCCCAAAGACAUAAACAGCAUAUUAAGGAACAAGCUGAGCCUAGGGACAUGGAUGGCAUAUUAUUCCGCCGGCGCCGGCGGCGACUUUUCAGGCGAAAAAGGGGAAACUCCGGCGAGCUGGGCCGUGGUGAGCCUAUGGAACAGCGGGGAAGUUUUCAAGCUAAGGCUAGGGAAAGCCCCAGUGGCUUGGAUUAUAUACACCAAGAGUUUAAAAUUUGUGGACAAAAUAUUGCCAUGGCUCAAGGUGGGUUCGGUGGCGGAUUUUUUCGAGCCAUUUGGGUUCUAUUUUGUAUACGGGGUGCACCACGAGGGCCCAUUCUCUGGGCGGCUGGUUCGAGCGCUGUGCCAAUACGUGCACAACAUGGCCCUGAAAUCGAGGGACUGUAAAGUCAUAGUUACUGAGAUUGGAGGGGAAGAUGAUGUGCUGAAGAAGGAGAUUCCUCAUUGGAAAUUGCUGUCUUGUCCUCAAGAUUUGUGGUGCAUUAAGGGCUUGAAAAGUAAUAAUGGGGAUCAUAAUCAUCUCUUGGAAUGGACUAAGGCCCCACCAAAUAGAGCUCUCUUUGUGGACCCAAGAGAGGUAUAAGAAAAAAAAAAUUAUAUUAUUUUUAUCGGAGGAUAGAGCGGAGAUGUAACAAGGAAGAGACAAUCGCCCUUAAUUUGUCUUAGAUUCAAAAAGUAUGUAGUAUUGUAUUCGCUGAAUACUAAUGGGAAUAUAUAGAUAUUAAUUAAUCAAUGAAUAGCAUGUGUAUACCGUCGUGG